UCGAGCGAGAGGCAGGAUGUUUUGGAGAGGAACUCUGCAAGUCUUCUUCUUUAUCAUUAGCUUGUUUUCCGUUAUUCAGCUUUGUAAAGGUGAGGAAUGCAAAACUGUUGCCUUUCUACCGGAGGACAAGGGUAGUUAUCUGAAGAACCAUACUAAGGAGACCGUUACCACAGAUACCCAAACUAUAUGUCGCAUCCAAUGUUAUCUGAGUAAUCACUGCGUAUCAUAUAACUACCACCAACGUACCGGCACCUGUGAGAUCAAUGACUCGGAUAAUUUUCAACAUCCUGGGGAUCUUAUCAGACGAGAUGGCUACGUGUAUCACGCUACAAAGAAUGAUUGUCAAACCAAACCUUGUCCUGUCAACAGUACUUGCAAACAAAACUUUAUCAGUGGCGGCUACAGAUGCCUGUGUUCAUUUGAGUAUCUUGGGAGACCUCAUAUUGAUUGCGAGUUUCCUUAUCAAAAAGUGGGAUGUUUUAAGGAUCGCCGGGCCAGCAGAUCGCUCCCUGAACUUAUUUUAACGUAUAAAGACGAGAAUAGUCCUAAAUACGAAAAACCUUAUCAUGGACAAAACAACCUGUACAACCUGUACUUUUUCAUUGAGUCGAUGCGAUGGUUUAUAUCUCGAUGUGCUUUUAAAACAAAAGAGAAAGGAUUUCAGGUUUUUGGCAUACAGAAUGAAUGGGAGUGCUGGAGCGGACCUGAUGGCGAAAACUCCUAUUCUAAAUACGGAAAAGAAGAUAAAACGAAGUGUUUUCAGGGUAAAUAUACUGCAGGUUGCGAAAAAAAUAACCCGCAGGCAUGUUUUGGUCUUGCCAAUGUAAACUAUGUUUAUAAACUUCUCUAAAUAUAUAAACCUAUUUCUAAAAACGUAGUCGGUCGGUGAUCUGAAAUCUGAGACCAAGUAAAAUGCAUUGCUUCCUUUUAGAUUGGAAUAUGAAGCAUGAACUCAAAAUUAGUAGUGAUUUUUAGUAUUUUAGCCAUAAAAUCUAAAAGGACCAAAAUUCCGUAUAUUCUCAAAACGCCCAAUUCAAAUCUCCGACCGACAACGUUUUUUGAAAGAGGUGUAGAUGAUUACGCAUUUAUUCACAUCAUUUAAAAUUCAUUUGAAAUUCAUUUUGUUGAAAAUGAAAGAUUUCCAAAUUCCAAGAAUUUUUGCUCUUAGUGCCAUUUAAAGUGCAUGUUUUCUUUUGAAAGAUGAAAUAAUCAAAACAUGAGUUAAUAAAGCUUUGAGUCGUAAACCUGUCUAUAUAGAAGCUUUGCACCAUCACGUGAUGGCAACCAAGACAUCAGGCACGACAAUGGAAUCUUUUCCCCUGGAAACUGAUCCUUUCUCAUAUAACCCUAAUAAGGGCUAAGUUGGCAAUUCCAAAUGUUAACCAAGAAUAGAGGCAUGGCAUCCAUGUUGGUGUACAUAACAAGAGAAGCUAACGAGAAAUCUUUAGUUAACGGUACACCAACAUGGCGGUCAUGAUGUCACAUGCUAACCAAGAAUAGAGGCAUGGCAGCCAUGUUGGUGUACAUAACAAGA